UCAUAGCAAGUAGCAAGUAUAGCAAGAUGAAAGGGGUAGCAGCAAUAUUAUACAUUGUUGUUCUCGCAAUUUGCAGCAUUGGAAUCCAAGGCGACGUCCAGGCCUAUUCCUCCAUCUCCUACAAUGUGGCAGGUGCCACCUGGACCACAUACAGAGACUUCAUAGGGGAACUGCGGGAAAUCGUGUCACGGGGAACCCGUACAGUAAAUGGUCUACCAGUGCUGAAACUCGAAAGUGAAGUGCUGGUUGGGAACCGGUUCGUUCUGGUCGGUCUUAUCAAUGGCGACACAGUCACCUUGGCAAUAGAUGUGGUGAACCUUUAUUUGGUCGCUUUUAGUGGUGCAAAUAACAAAUCCUUUUUUUUCAAAGACGCUACCACACUUCAACUCAAAAAUUUAUUCGUCGGCACCACUCAAACCAAGCUAAGCUACACCAGCAACUAUAGCAUCCUUGAGAAGCAGUCAAAGCCGAGGGACCAGCUCCCUCUGGGACCAACUCCCCUAGCUAACGCCAUCACAAGUUUGUGGCACGGUGGGAGCGUAGCCGAACCGCUCCUUGUGGUCAUUCAGAUGGUCUCGGAAGCGGCAAGGUUCAGAUACAUUGAGGAACAAGUCCGCAAAAGCAUAACCCAGAAAAACACUUUUACACCAAAAGGUUUGAUAGUGACCAUGGAGAACGAAUGGGGGUCUAUGUCCAAACAGGUUCUGCUUUCGCCAGAUGAAGAACACUUCAUUAACCCCGUUCAGCUUAAAGAUGACAAUUACAAGAUCCUCACAAUAAACGACUUUACUACACUCAGUCGCUAUACCAUGAUAGCGAUUCUUCUCGGCAGCAAGACUACUAGUAGUAGUUAUAGCAAUAUUGCUCUAGCCGAGGACUUCGUCAACAACGAAUUGCUCAAACUCUGAAACUGCGGUAACUGCCUAAACCCCACAUGUCGCCCUUAAAUAAUUUUAGGUAACCUCCUUUCUUCUCAAACUGGUUUGAGAGCAUAAAAUAAACAGUUACCCUUAUCUUCCUCCACAGAUAAGUCUGCUUUGCAUUUCGUUUUGGACUCUUUUGUGUAUUGCCUGAUCAAUGUGGGGGUUAAUGUGAUAUAUUGGCAUAUGUGGGUUAAUGUGAUAUAUUGGCAUAAGGCUUUCUGUGAUAUAUUGGCAUAUGUGGGUUAAUGUGAUAUGUUGGCAUAAGGCUUUCUGUGAUAUAUUGGCAUAUGUGGGUUAAUGUGAUAUAUUGGCAUAAGGCUUUCUGUGAUAUAUUGGCAUAUGUGGGUUAAUGUGAUAUAUUGGCAUAUGGCUUUCUUCUUCUUC